GUGUUAUAUCUCUCACAGCAUACUUCGUGGCACACGUUUGUCGAAGGAGGGCGAUCUUUACCGGCCUUCCACUAGUUCCACUUCCUCUUCCCGUACACUGGAUACAAUGGCGUCAGGAACCCUUUAUACAUACCCGGAAAAUUUCCGAGCCUACAAGGCUCUGAUAGCAGCCCAGUUUUCCGGCGUCCAGAUCAAAAUCGCCGAAGAUUUCGUCUUCGGUCAGACCAACAAGACCGAAGCUUUCCUUAAAAAGUUCCCGUUGGGAAAGGUACCAGCAUUUGAAACGGACGAUGGAAAAUACAUUACAGAAAGCAAUGCGAUCGCUUAUUACGUCGCUAAUGAGCAGCUAAGAGGAAAGUCCGACGUUGAACGUGCAUUGAUCCUCCAAUGGCUCGGUUUCGCCGACUCUGAGAUUCUUCCUGCCAGUUGCGCUUGGGUGUUCCCCCUACUUGGGAUAAUGUCGUACAACAAGCAGACAAUUGAGCAUGCUAAGGAGGAUGUAUAUAAAGCACUUACCACUUUGAACUCACAUUUGCUUACGCGAACUUACUUAGUGGGAGAGCGACUGACUUUGGCAGAUAUUUGCGUAGCUAUGACGCUGUUACAUUUGUAUCAGUAUGUUCUUGACCCAGAGCAACGAAAAUCUUACCAGAAUGUAAAUCGAUGGUUCCAAACCAUCAUUUGCCAACCUCAAUCCAUUGCUGUAAUUGGUGACUUCAAACUGGCAGAUAAGAUUAUUGAAUAUCAACCUAAAAAGACGUCAGACAAUGUUGCCAAGGGGGCCAAGAAAGAUAAGAAGAAGGAAGUCAAGGAAUCAAAAAAAGAGCCUCCCAAGGCUGCGGAAAAGGCGUCAGCACCAGAAGCAGAGGAGGAAACUGAUGCAACAGAAGAGGCUUUAGCUUCUGAGCCGAAGAAAAAGAAUCCCUUCGCUUCAAUGCCUAAAAGCCAUUUUGACCUCGAUGAUUUUAAACGUUAUUAUUCCAACGAAGACGAAAGUAAAUCUAUUCCCUACUUCUGGCAAAAGUUCGAUCCAGAAAAUUAUAGCGUCUGGCUUAGCGAAUAUAAAUACAACAAUGAAUUAACAAAAGUUUUCAUGUCUUGUAAUUUAAUUAGUGGUAUGUACCAACGGUUAGAUUCGUUGAGGAAAGGUGCAUUUGCCAGUGCCUGUAUAUUCGGGGAGGAUAAUAACAAUACCAUCAGCGGCAUUUGGAUCUGGCGCGGACAGGAUCUUGUUUUUACAUUGAGUCCAGACUGGCAGGUGGAUUACGAAUCUUACAACUGGACGAAACUAGACCCAUCUAAGGAAGAAACGAAAAAACUGGUCGAGCAAUAUCUCAGCUGGACUGGCACGGACAAGGAGGGACGGAAGUUCAAUCAGGGGAAAGUCUUCAAGUAAACACCUUGCCACAUGCAUCAAAUAAACAGAAAAUUCUAUUCGCAUAAAAUAAACCUAAAGAAAUGACAAAAUAUCAGAACAAACGUUUGCAUACGCCCUUCAAAAACCCUGUAUUUAUUAAGAUAAGCCAGCAUUUCAGAUCUCUCUUUCUCUCUUAAAUAUGUUUCUUCCUCUCGAUUUCAAUGUCGUGUAAUAUGGAAUCUAAACGUGAACAGUUUGUGUUACUUUAACAUGUUUCUACUUCCCUAGGAUUUUAAAAUAUUUCGAAAACAAAUAGGAGUUGAUUAGAAAGAUUAGAAGUACACGCAUUAUUCGCCAUGAUUUUAUUUUUCAAGCAUUAUUCAUUAUUUAUUUUAAUUUCAUUCUAUUUAAACCAUUCGCGUCUCUGGUUACUCAAUUUAUGAAUUGUUGUUACAAGUAUUUCAUUAGACAUGUAAAAUAACCAUCGAAUGUCUAAUAGGAAAGAUGUACCAUAUAAAAAUGUACAUAAUACAUGUAUACACAUACCACAGAUAUAAGUAGACAAAGGAAACAAAUUGCGUGAAAUGGAAUGUGUUUUCGAAGGCAUAUGUGUUAAGUUUACGAAAAAUGUAAUAAUCUUAUGGGAAUAUUACACGUGUAUCUGUUGCAAUGAUUAUUUAAUUUGAUAUUCGCAUAUUGUACUGUUGUAUUUUCGAUUUUUCCAAGUUUUGUUUUUUAUUAAUUAAAAAUAUUUUACAUGCGCGAUGUAUAUGUACUACAUGGUUUAACGUUUUACAGAGGUGUGCGUGGUUACUUUCCUCGAUACUGAAAUACGAACGUAUAUUUUUACAGAAAUAAAUACCAUACUG